ACCCUUUUUAGCCGCCGGAGUUUUUCAUUCUCGCAACAAAAAGCAAUUUACCGGCGAUUUUUCUUUUACUAUAUCACAAUUAUUAUUUCUCUCUUUUUUAAGUCUCCUAAGCAAACCCUUUUUAGCCGCCGGAGUUUUUCAUUGUCGCAACAAAAAGCAAUUUACCGGCGAUUAAGUUCCGUCACACUACGAUUCCCGAUUUCGCGUUAAAGCCAGUCAAUUGAUAGCUCAGUAGAAAUCUCACACAACAAGACUCAACAAUGCUGGGAUUUUCAUAUGGAGAAAUAUUCUUAUUGCUGGGAGCCACUGCGGCUCUGCUUGGUCCAAAGGAUUUGCCAAUCAUAACCAGAACAGCUGGGAGGAUGGCUGGCCGGGCUAUUGCAUAUGUACAAUUGGCCCGGGGACAGCUUGGAUCUGUUAUACAGCAAUCUCAAGCUCGCCAGCUUCAUAACGAACUUCGGGAUAUGAUGGCACAAGUAGAUGCUAUUCAACAUGAAGUUCGAAGUCUAUCAUUCAUAAAUCCUGGCCCUUUAACUCGGAGGCUUGAUAAUCUCGACCAACCAUCCAUCUUAAAUGGUGGAUAUGCAAACAACAGGAUACCGGAAGGUGCUGGGGUGAAUCUCUCAAUAUCGUCUCUUACCAAGGAUUCAACUCCAUUGCCAUCCAAUUCAUUCAAUAUGCAAAGCAAAGCAACUACUUAUGCCAGGUUGGCCGAGGCCCCUUCCAUCAAGAAUGGUUCAUUGGCAAGUAGUGCUGAAGUUGAGAAGAUUAAAGAUGGUCUGCAGCUUAUUGUCAUGCCAGUUUCCGCUGAAAGUACUGGACUCUUACCAAAUCGUGGUGAAUGAUAUCUGAAUUGAAACAAGCUUUGGUUGUAUUAGGAGCUGAUGUGAAAGGAUCUGACAUAGUUCAAGAAGCAAUUUUGGAAGCAGAGGUAGCUCAUAAAGCAAAGGAGUUCUUUUCACAGCCCGAAAAUCAGAUAUGAUUGAUAUAGUAUUCCUAUAUAAUACCUUAAUUUUGUAGAUGUUAGCAUUUGUAGAUUCACAAUGAUACAUAUUUAGUCUAUAUUUUAUCUUGAAGGUAUUGGUUGAUGCAUUGUCAUUUCUUUAAGUUUCUAGUUCUUGUUCCUCAGGACAGAAAAUCUAAAGGAUUGUUUGUGCUCUAACAAUUUUAAGAUAUUAUAUCUCAUAUUGAUGCCA